UUCUAUUCCAGGCUUCUAUUCCAGCAACAUACCCAAGUAAAGAAGGUUCAAGGCCAAGUUCCUAAGGAUCAGCGCACUAAAGUAUCCUGAGUGUCAGGAUGGUGCCAACGGUAAGCCUGGAGCCCGCGGGCCGCAGCUGCUGGGACGAGCCGUUGAGCAUCGCCGUGCGCGGCCUGGCCCCCGAGCAGCCCGUCACGCUGCGCGCGGCCCUGCGCGACGAGAGAGGCGCGCUCUUCCGCGCCCACGCGCGCUACCGCGCCGACGCCCACGGCCAGCUGGACCUGGCGCGCGCGCCCGCGCUGGGCGGCAGCUUCGCGGGGCUCGAGCCCAUGGGGCUGCUCUGGGCCAUGGAGCCCGAACGGCCUCUGUGGCGCUUGCUCAAGCGCGACGUGCGGACGCCCUUCGUGGUGGAGCUGGAGGUGCUGGACGGCCACGAGCCCGACGGCGGGCGGCUGCUGGCGCGGGCGGUGCACGAGCGUCACUUCAUGGCUCCCGGGGUGCGGCGCGUGCCCGUGCGCGAGGGCCGUGUGCGCGCCACGCUCUUCCUGCCCCCAGGAAAUGGACCCUUCCCUGGAAUCAUAGACAUUUUUGGAAUUGGAGGUGGCCUUCUGGAGUAUCGGGCUAGUCUGCUGGCUGGGAAGGGUUUUGCUGUCAUGGCUCUGGCUUAUUAUAACUACGACGACCUCCCCAAAGGUAUGGAUACAUUUCACCUGGAGUACUUUGAAGAAGCCAUGAACUACCUGCUUAGUCACCCUCAGGUCAAAGGACCGGGGAUUGGCCUGCUGGGGAUUUCCAAAGGGGCUCAGCUCUGCCUCUCCAUGGCCUCUUUCCUGAAAGGCAUCACAGCUGCUGUCAUAAUCAAUGGCUCUGUGGCCAAUGUUGCUGGAACAUUAUACUAUAAGGAUGAGACCCUGCCCCCUUUGAGCAUACAUGUAGAUCGUAUCAGGGUGACCAAAGAUGGCCUUAAAGAUGUUUUGGAUGUCCUGAAUUGCCCUUUAGAGGGACCUGACCAGCAGAGCAUCAUCCCUGUGGAAAGGUCUGACACAACCCUCCUGUUGCUUGUAGGUCAGGAUGACCGCAACUGGAAGAGCGAGUUCUAUGCCAAUGAGAUCUCCAAACGCUUACAGGCCCAUGGGAAGGAGAAGCCUCAGAUCAUAUGCUAUCCUCAAACAGGGCACAAUAUUGAACCCCCCUAUUUCCCUUGGUGCAAGGCUUCGCUACAUGCCUAUUUUAACAUGCCUGUCCUCUAUGGGGGGGAGCCCAGGGCUCAUGCCAUGGCCCAGGUGGAUGCAUGGCAGCAACUCCAGACUUUUUUCCACAAACAUUUGGGUGGUGAAAUCCCAGCAAAACUGUGAUUUUCUUUGAGUACUGACAUUUCUGAUCUCCUAAGAAGGGCUGCCACUGUUAGUAUAUGUAUUCAUUUUUUCUCCCUUUAAUAAAGUCCUGAAG